AUGUCGUCGGCGGCGGCGGGCCGAGAGGGGGAGACUGUGCGCGCGUCGCACAUCCUGAUCAAGCACGAGGGCUCCCGCCGCAAGGCCUCCUGGAAGGACCCCGACGGCCGCGUCAUCUCCGCCACCACCCGCGGCGACGCCGCCGCGCGCCUCCUCGACCUCCGCAACCAGAUCCUCUCCGGCCAGGCCGCCUUCGCCGACCUCGCCGCGCGCCACUCCGACUGCUCCUCCGCACGCCGCGGCGGCGACCUCGGUACCUUUGGGAGGAGGCAGAUGCAGAAACCCUUUGAAGACGCCACCUUUGCCCUCAAGGUUGGCGAGCUCAGUGAUAUCGUGGACACUGACAGUGGGGUUCACAUCAUCCUGCGGACUGCCUGAGGAGAGGCGCAGAGUCUGGUGAAUGACUAAAUUAGCGCUGCGUGGCUUUUGAUUAGGACCUGUAUUUUUCCUUUCUGGCAGCCUAAGUGCAUAACAUUCUGGACGAGGAUAAAUCCUGUAUUGUCACACGUUUAUUGCAACGAUUGAGCUCGUCACCUACAUUAUUGAAGAACCCGUGAGCUUCUUAA